GAUUAUUUGCUUUAACUGCAACCAGGCUGGUCACAUGGCGAUGCGAAGUACUGGCAGUCAAGAAAGGAGAAUGAGGAUAGCAUAAACCGAGUGGUGAGAUGGGCAGAUUACAAGAUGCAGAAGGAAAUGGAGAAAGAGGAUAACAAAAAAGCGGAAGAGGAGAGACGAAGGGUGGAAGCGAGCGCAGAAAGUUGCAAAUGGAAGAAGAGAGGCGAGAGGAGAAGAUUCGAAGGAUGAUGUCGGAGGAAUGCGACCGAAGAGAUAGGAAAAUUGAGGAGGCGGAGCUAAGAACGAUUGCUGCAGUUUCAAGGGACCUACGCAAUCUCCGAGCGGAGAUAAGAACAGAAAUCCAGAUGGCAUUAGCUGUAAACGCCAGGACUCCAAAACGGGAUAGAGAGGCGUUUGUGAACGGACUCGAUACUUACCUUACGGAGGAAGAAGUCUUUACGGAUGAUGGAGCGAACGUACCACCGAAGAAAGCAAGAGGCAAACAAAUAGCGAGGAACUACGCAGCACCAGAUGACUGGGAGGAGGAAGCACGAGUUAUGUCAAGGGCGGACUACGAGAAGAGCCUCGGGCGGAAGACCAGCACGUCGGUGAAGAACAACUCCGUGGGUAAAGAGUACCCAGCAUCGGGCGGUAAUGGGAGCCUGGUAAAUAACAUCCUAGAUAUUAGGUCCAGGUUGAUGGCAAAGGAAUGGCGAGAGGUAAAGAAGCUUUGCGAGGCGAGAGACAUUACCUAUGUUUCUAAAGAACAAGGUGUACGGGAGCUUCUCAACAGAGCAGCAUGGGGCGAAGACGUCGAGCAGCUGGAUGAGACCUAUGAGGGGAAGGGUUACUUGCGGCAGUUACUGGAGAUGCCCUUCAAACGGAAGGAACUAUCGCUCUUAUCCGUUGACAAACUCAUGCACCUAUGCAACUGUGCUGGGUCAUUCAAGGAGAAGGAAAAGAGGAAGACGAUCAGGGACUUCCUAGGUAAGGUAGUGGGAAGGAAAGCCGAGGUGAACAUCCGAAAGCGAAUGACAGUUAAAAUCAGAUAUAGUAAGGAGGUGAGGAAGAGCGGCAUCAGAAAUAUCCUGAUCACGAAAAUCGGAAGCUGUGGGCUGCAUCCCGCUAUCGCGGGGAUCGUCAGGAGGAAAUCGAGAAUACUCUGGAGGAGAAACAGGCAUGUAGCCGAAAUCCUGUGUAACCACAAACAGCACAGUAGGAUGUCGGAAUUGUUGUGCACUUGCAAGCACUAUGACUUACCCGCAGUCAAGGGGCAUGUACUGGCAAGGAUAGGUGAUAUCCCAGGACUGUCGGCCUUGGUGCGGAACGGAAAGAACGUGGUCCGGCCUAAAAUCGAGACAACGAAAGAGGAAAUCAGCAGCGGCCUACGAUCGGGCCUCGCUUCUGUACUGAAUGGUAAACUGGGCGAGCAGCUGUCGGAUCUCCAAAUCGCAGAUUGUUUCUCGGCAGAGCGUGAUCAGCAUUGUAGCGUCGACGAAGGGAUAGUCCUUGCAGUCAAGAACAAGUUCAGGGACCUGAUCGUCACCCAAGUGGACAGGAACGCGGGAGACCUCGUGCUGAUGUGUCCCUCGACAUACCAGCAUGGUCUGGAUAAACUAUUUGCUUGGAACGUAGCAAAUGAUGAAGUUAGCAGGAGUGAAGCGGUGAUCAUGAAGGAAAUGAAGACUGAUUUUGAAAAUCAGGGCCUGCACAAGCUGGUUAAUUGGAAUCCGAAGGGGCGCGAGCACACGACGACGGGCAGCCGUUGGAUUGCGAGGGCGCUCAACUUCUUGCUCGAGAAGCUACCUGGAGUGAUGCAUUUUAACCUCACUGCUACCGCUAGACUCGAGCAAAACCUGAAGAAGGCAGAGACGAAACUCCAGCAGUAUGGCAAGGACACGUUGACUACCAGUGGGGGAUUCAACAUUAAGGAGAUGUUUACAUCACUCCCGCACUCAACUAUCAUGGGAGCACUCAACUGGCUGUUGGGGGAAUGGGAGAAGAAAGGGUUUCUGAAGAUCACGGUGUGCAAGAGGAGGAAACAAGUUACUCUCGGGAGGAAGGCGUACGGGAAAGGUUACGUCAAGUUUUCUUUCACCUACAUCCGGAGUUUCAUCUCCUUCAAGUUGCAGCAUACCUACACCAAGUGCAGAGGAAAGAUGUUGAAGCAGGUUAUCGGUGUGCCAAUGGGGAAGAACUCCAGUCCCCCACUGACAUGCAUACUUUGUGCGAAGUACGAGGAGAGUUUUUUGAGAUCACUGGGAAGUGACCGGAAGCUUGUCCAUGGGGUAAGCUUCAUGGACGAUGCGAUGUUGGCAGUAGUAUGUAACCGAAGGAAGGAAAGCUCCGUCGGCAUGGCUCGAGAGAUUUUAAGAAAGUUUGGAAGUUGCUAUGGAAAGAAGCUAUCGCUGGUCUGCACGGACGACGGUUCAAACACCAUUGACUUCGUGGGAUCAAAGCUUACGAUUGUACCUAAGAGGACCCAGUUCCUGCUUGAGCCAAAGAUCAAGAACAGACUGGAAGUCCGGAUGGGCGAAGUGCAACAGAGAUUGGUACACCGCUGCUUUCAAGACUUCAAUUCCUACUCCGACAAGCGGGCAAAGAUAGGUGCUAUAAUCGGUUGUCUUCACCACAUUCAGCAGAUGGCGAACAGCGAAAGCACGCUGGUCCUGCCGGUUCUGGCACUUAAGUACGAGCUCCUACGCCUGGGUUACCCCCCGGCGUUCUUCUUCUUCUUCAAAGCCCUAGCACGCUUUGCUAAGGGCACCAACGUUCUCAAGGAGCCCUGGAUUAGGCUGCUCGAGAACCUGGUACUGUGGAAAGACAGCACGCGACAGAAGCCCGAGAAGGGGAAUCAACUCUGAAAACGAGACUGUAGCUACGGUAAUUUUCAGCACUAGUUAGCAUAGGAGAA